UCUACAAACAAAAAAGAAAAAAAAAAAAGAGAAAAGAAAAAUAUCUGAAUUCACAAAGAAAGAAUAAUUCCUUUGAGCCAUUAUCGUUUGAAUUUAUUUUAAUUUAUUUUAUUUGUUGCAGAUGUUAUAAUCAAAUGUCCAGGAAAUUUUUAAACGUACUCGAGGAGUUCAGUCGAACUAUAUUAUUUUCUUUUCUUUCUUUAUUUUUUAUUUUUUUCAUGGCGAAUCUUCAUACAAACAGGGGUGAAAUAUAUGAUCUGGCAUUGCAUAGCAUUUUUCACGACGAAAACUCCAUCGGCAUUAUUUUCCCUACCUUCUUUACUGCCGCUUCAUCCGUUCGUUUAUUAUGGAGAUGUUUCAGAUUCUUGGCACGUUCUUCUCAACAAGCACUCGUGCGUCUUGCAAGUUUACCAUCAAAUUGGAAUCGGCAGGAACACAAAAGAGGAGAAGUAGGUAAAGGAUCGUGUAAGACAGAUAGUGGAGAGUGGUCCUCGUGUUAACGUGGACUCUCUGAAGAGAGGAAAGGAAGAGCUUCUCGAGUACCUCUGUCGUGAAGUAGAGAAACCGUUCGAGUCAGGACAAGAGAGUCUGCCUAAUUUUCGAGUUAUUGUCUUUGGUGCGAGCAACAAAAUCAACAAUGUGAAAGUUAAAGUGAAAGUUAAAGGAAACAUUGAUCUGCCAUACGAAAUGAAAAAAAGUGAAUUAUUCAUGAAGAAUAGAAAGAAAGAUAGAUAGACGGAAAAGGGAGACAAUUCACACAUUCGUUUAGAACGCGAAAUGGUCAAAAUAUUUUCCACGAGCUGGACGCCAAUAAGGGAACUAACGGAGCAUCAAUAACACGAAUAGCAGAGUUGGAAACAAGCAAGCAAGCAAGCAACCAGACUCGCUCGAAGUCGUCCACGCAGUCUGUGUUGAUCCCAUCGAGCAUGCUAUCCACUUAAAUUUACAUCUCAAGUCGGGAGACUCCUUAUCCCAAGUACCAGGCUCCAACUUGAUGAAAUGAAUGGCUAGCUGGCUGUUCCAAAGCUACUGUUGUAACACUAUACAUAACACCUUCGUACUUCUGAAUUCAGUCUGUAUGUAUGCGUUUAACAUGAUAUUGCCACGUGUUCAUGAAGAAAAUGAAUAGACGAAUAAACGAAAAGAAUGAAAUAUCGAAUAAGCUUGUCGUUCGGCUAUCAAGGAGAAAAGAAAGAAACGGAACGACGUUUGAGGACGAAGUACGAACUUUGGCAGGAGCGCAAACUCGUUUUGAGGAGAGGACUCGCAGAGGGCGGCGGAGUUGUGUUGGGAGGGAGGAAGAAGCAGAGCCGGCUGGAAGGGCAGGCAGAGCACACAACAAUCAUGUCGAUGACGAACACUCAUGGCGACGAAUUGAGUCCAACUCGACAGCCGAGACAGAGUAGAAUUCAUAGCGUCGGAUUACCAACACGAGCAUCUCUACUUCCGGAGCCACCACCCAACGAAAAUAAUGUGCCACCACCUAUUCCACGUCGCCAUUCAGCCACACCAACGGUAGCACCACCACCAAUACCAUUACGUCCACCGGCAAUACCAAAAAGAUCCAAAAACGAGAAACCAAUUCCAAUUAAAAAGAUUAAUGGUAACAGGCAACAAGAUGAUUCAUCAACGAAUCAACGAAUUAAUAAUGAUCCAACGUCGUCAUCAUCUUUGUCAUCGUCACCGACAACGGCUUGUCAUCUUGGCACUCCUACUUGGAAUCAGACGGUAACGAUCGAUGAGAAAUUGAUAGACCUUGGACCAUUUAGAACGCAUACUCAACCGUCCACCGAGGAUUUCUCUUUGGCUUUUGAAUCGAAGGACGUGGUCAGCACCAAUGAGAACGGUUUCAUUGCUAACUUCAGCAAAGUCAAUUUCCCGGAUGAGGAAAAGCUUGAGAAUCGAAAAUCUAGCCUCGAUGAGCUUCGAAAGGCUUCGCGAGAUCUUGAGAAGAACCUUCACGAAAGGACUCUCAAGAACAACGAAACUAAGUUCGAUGAUAUAUUAGGUGGUAGAGAAGAGAAUAGACAACGACAAAAUAUCCCUUCUCAAAAUGACAGACAAGAACACCCAGGAGGAAAGUUCAGGAAAGAAGAGAAAAGCAUUGAGGAUAGCAUAGAGGAGGAAGUAUUGGAGGGAAUAUCCGAAGAAGAAAUGUCUGAGUCUCCUUCUAGAGACACUUUUCAGGAGGAACGAAAGUUCGUAGGACUGGUUAGAUCGUAUAGAGAAGAAGAGAAAAGAUCUAAGUUUGAGGAACUUCAAGCAGCCUCGAAGAAUCUCGAACGACGUCUUCAGAGUAAAAACGAGGAGGAUGAUCAACGUCGUUAUAGGGACAUGGAGAGACGUUUGAACAAAGAUAGGUCAAUAUCUAGAUACGAAGAUCUUUCAAGGGUACCACAAGAAUUAGAAAGACGAAUAUUGUCCGAUCAAAGAUCUAUCGUCGAUCAAUCGACGCGUGGAAAAUAUGAGACCGAUAUGGAAAGGGCCAGGAACAUGUUACAACAUAAUUCGAGAAAGGAAAGAUCUGGUAUCGAGAAAUUAGAAAAAUUACCUAAGGCAACGCAAACGAAUCUACCUCCGCCGCUUAGUAGUACGAUUUGUCAAAAUUAUGUGCCAAAACCAAUCAGUGUCAGACAGGAUAGCAACGUUUCAUCCGAUAGUUUUAGUCAAACCAGUUCACCAAGUUACACAAACAAAACUAUGGAAGCACCCUUGCUUCCACAUAAAUAUGGAAAAGUGCCAGAUAGAGCUUUGGUUCAUGAACCUGAAAAUUCAUCGGGUAGGCCAAUAACAAAAUCUACAAGCACACCGGCUAGUCUACAAACGAUCGUUAGAACUCAUGGUAGCAACAGUACAUCUUUGCAUCAUAAGAUAAUCAAGGAUAUGGCUAAUCGUCAUUACGUAACAAGAGGAAGAUUCAAAUACGUGCAAUUAUUGGCCAAUAUUGUUGCCCUUUUAGCUAUUGUUGCUGGAUUGAAUGCAUAUUAUAAAACGUAUCCUGAAACUGCCAUAAGAUUCGAGAAUAGAACGGAAUAUACGAGAGCCAUUACGGUGACCGAACCAACGCGUUCGAUAAUACAGGAAGAAGAAGAAGAGAAAAAUCCUGCACCGGGUGUCUGUUUACCGGUGAUAGUCAACUUUUGUCAAUAUCACAAGGUCCCUUACAACUUCACGGUCUUUCCAAAUUUCAUGGGUAACUUUGGUCAACGGGACGCUCAACAAGAAUUGCAAUUAUACAAGUCCGUCGUAGAUGUUAGGUGUUACGAAUUGGCAGCUCUAUUUCUAUGUAGUAUCUUCGUACCGAAGUGUGGAUCUCGUGGUCAUUUGGUCCGACCUUGUCGUAGUCUCUGUUCUGAAACUAAAAGGCGUUGUGGUUUCUUUCUCGAAGUCUUUAGCUUGGCACUACCGGAUUAUCUCGAAUGUGAUUUAUUUCCGGAAAAUGAUAAUCCAGAUGUCUGCGUGGGCCAUUUUGAAGUGAUAGAAACAAACGCGAGAGCUCAGAAACCGGUAUGCACCAGUGGUUUUCAAUGCGACGACAACCGAUGUAUACCGGUUGAUUGGCGAUGCGACGGUCAUCUGGAUUGCGCCGAUCACAGCGACGAGAUCGGGUGCGGCGAGUGUGGUUCCGUUUCCUUGUCAAAGUUUAAUAAUAGUAACAAAGGAGAUAAAAGGAAAUUUACUCUGUCAAAGAGUACUCAAUCAAAGGCUACUUUACAUUGCGGCGAAAGGAGAUGCAUGUCAGCUAGUCAUAUUUGCGAUGGAGUCAUGGAUUGUCCUUGGGGACAGGACGAACGUUAUUGCUUAAAACUGAGCCAAAAAAAUGGUGACAUUGGUAAAGGACUUCUUGAAGUUUAUCACGCAGAAAUGGGUAAAUUUAUGCCAGCUUGUAUACCACCAAAGAUGCACGUCACCGCCCAAGCUAUUUGUUCCCUUCUAGGCUACACUGUUGCUCUUUCAUCGGAUUUUUCUAACAAAGAUGGUAACCUGACUAUGAUUCAAGCCUUCAAUGAAUCGAAUCAGUAUCGGAGAUUAACACCAAAGCGAAGUUUAUUGAAAAAAUUUCAAGCGUGCGUAAAAGAGGAUGAGGAUUAUCCGACAGUAAAACUCACUUGUUCCGAAUACGCAUGUGGAAGGAGAUUUCCGCUUUAUGGUAAUUCAAAUGUUAAAACAAGAAUCGUCGGUGGCGUAGAAGCUUCACCAGGUGAUUGGCCCUUUUUAGCAGCGCUUUUGGGUGGACCCGAACAAAUUUUUUAUUGUGCUGGAGUACUCAUUUCUGAUCAAUGGGUUUUAACGGCAUCACAUUGCGUCGGAAAUCUUUCGGAUGUAUCCGGUUGGACAAUUCAAUUGGGUAUUACCAGAAGACACAGUCACACAUAUCUUGGUCAGAAAUUAAAGAUCAAAAGGGUUAUUCGUCAUCCUGAUUAUAGUUUAGGUGUCGUUCAUGAUAACGACGUUGCUUUGUGUCAGCUCGAAAAACGUGUUCAAUUUCAUGAACAUUUGAGACCAGUAUGCCUACCUAAUGCUACAACCAAUCUUGCUCCUGCGACACUGUGCACAGUAAUUGGUUGGGGUAAGAAGAACGAUACACAGGAAGCUGAAUACGAACCGGCUGUAAAUGAGGUACAAGUUCCUGUUUUAAACAGACAGGUUUGUAAUAUGUGGUUGGCUUACAAGGAAUUGAAUGUAACAGACGGUAUGAUAUGCGCUGGUUAUCCAGAUGGUGGGAAGGAUGCUUGUCAGGGCGAUUCUGGAGGGCCUCUAUUAUGUCAAGACAAAGAUGACAAAGAGAAAUGGUUCGUGGGUGGAAUUGUAAGUUGGGGUAUAGAUUGUGCCCGGCCAAAGUUACCGGGUGUUUAUGCCUAUGUACCAAAAUACGUCCCAUGGAUUCGAAAUGAAAUGGCCAAGUAUUCUGAAAAGGACGAGCCAUAAUGAAAGCACUUCUUUCAAACAUAAUUGAAAUAUUAUUCGAAAAAGGGAAGGUAUUUCUUUUUGAAGAACGUAUCUUAUAAUAAGUCCUUUAAAACAGUUCAGGAAAAACAAAUGGAGAAAUAUUAAAUAUAUAUCUUGGAAUAGCAAGAUGAUAAUGAGACAAUAAUCAUGGGGGGAAAAAAAAAAAAAAAAAAAAUAUUUAUAUACCCGGAGUUUGAAUU